CCCUGCAUGCGCAUAAACCGAUUCAUUGCACCCGAAUUCCACGCUAAAACGUAGUCGUUUCACACGAUGAAGAGGGCUUUUCGAGAUUCAACAGAGGUCGAUAGCUUAACCAUGGCCAACUGCUUGAUGUUUCUCUCACACGGACGCGAUUUGGAAGCCAUGGUUAACAGCAUGCCUUCAACCACAAGCCGUGUCUUCGAGUGCAAGACCUGCAACCGGCAGUUCCCGUCGUUUCAAGCGCUGGGAGGCCACCGGGCGAGCCACAAGAAGCCGAGAUUGAUGGAGGGAAACCUCGAGAGCCAGUCGCCGGUUAAACCCAAAACGCACGAGUGCUCCAUAUGCGGGCUCGAGUUCACCAUCGGCCAAGCCUUGGGCGGUCACAUGAGGAGACACAGAGCCGGUGGGUUGAAUAAUGAGAAUCUGCAGCCGGCUUUGAGUUUCAGUGGUGAAGUGAAGAAAGCUAAUAGCAGCAGGGUUUUGUGCUUGGACUUAAACUUGACUCCACAUGAGAAUGAUUUGGAGCUGUUUAAACUUGGUAACAAAUCUGUUCCCAUGGUUAAUUGCUUCUUGUAAAUUGUUCAGAAGCCUUACAACGAUAUAGAAUUUUCUCUUUGUUUUGUUUU